CGCAAAUUGAAUAAUUGAAUAACGACUCCAAAACUUUGUACGUUCGAGCAGGUCCAACGAUACGAGGGACCAUCACCAACUUUUGCCAAUACCGUCAAUAUGUCCAUGUUCCGGGCUAAGAAGCUUGAUAUUGGCUGUUUCGUCAAUAUCAAGACGAUCCGAGAUCACUCCAAGAGGAAAGCCUAUGCCCAAUUCGAGCCUGAGAGACAAGCCCUGCGAUAUAUCAUCCGAAACACAACGCUCCCCCCUAGGGCCCGAGCCGAAGCUCAGUUACAGCUUACGCAGAUGCACUGCUACACGCGACCGACACAAAUCCGUGGGCGAUGCAUAUUAGGUGGUAAGGGAAGAGGUAUAUUGCGGGACUUCAAGAUGUCAAGAUAUAACUUCAGGAUGCAAGCUAUAGCGGGAAAUAUUCCGGGUGUGAAGAAGGCCAGCUGGUAAAGUCGGAUACAUACGAGUGAUGCUACCUAAAUAGGACAUGGCCGCUGUUACUUGGCUCGCGACUCAUGCUUGCGGCAUGAUAUGUACAUUGAUAAUAUUAUGACGCUGCAGCCGGAUGAGCGCUGUAAGGUACCUAUACCUAAGGUAAUCAUGAAGCAAAAACAUCGAUUACCUAAUCUACCACCUACUCAACUUCUACCUAAUAAGAGUGUUCUAUGGGAUUUUACCUUGGGUUAUGCACGCGCUUGGACAUCUACGUACGUGCCUAGGUUAGGUAA